AUGGUGGAAGUCGAAGAAUUGGAACCACUUAGUCCAAUUGGAGACGAAGGAGAAGAAGAAGACGAAGAAAUAAGCUAUGAUGACCUCAAAAGACGCAUGUGGAAAGACCGUAACCUCAUGGAAAAGCUCAAGCAACAGAAACGACACAGCAACAACGUCCUUUCAUUGACAACGCACCGAGCCUAAGCUUCACGGCGCAAGAAGAUGGCUCGUGCACAAGACUCGGUGUUGAAGUACAUGAUGAAGAUCAUGGAGGUGUGUAAAGCGAAAGGUUUUGUCUACGGAAUCGUACCGGAAAAGGGUAAACCAAUAACCGGUUCGUCCGACGGCCUAAGACGUUGGUGGAAAGAAAACGUUCAGUUCGACCAAAACGCUCCAAACGCUAUCGAUGAUUACUUAACUCUCGCGGCUGCUGCGGCAGAGCUUAUCGAGAAGGAACCAUCGAGCUUACUUCACAUGCUACAAGAACUACAAGACACGACUCUAGGGUCGUUACUUUCGGCGUUGAUACAACACUGCGUGCCGCCACAACGACGGUUUCCUUUAGAGCAAGGAAUCGCGCCGCCGUGGUGGCCGACAGGGAAGGAGCUUUGGUGGGGAGAGCAAGGAGCGGCUCACGAACACGGUGCGCCACCGUAUCGAAAGCCGCACGAUUUGAGGAAAUCUUGGAAAGUUAGUGUUCUCGCGGCCGUGAUUAAACACAUGUCGCCGAAUUUGGGAAGAGUGAGACGUCUCGCUAGGCAAUCGAAAUGUUUGCAAGAUAAGAUGAUGGCAAAAGAGACUGAUACAUGGUCUCGUGUCUUAAACCAAGAAGAAGCCCUUCUCAAUAUCAAAGAUCUGAAGAUCUCGGAAGAUCAAGAAACUUCGGGGUCCAAGAGAAAAGGUGGUUUUAUGGAACCGUCUAAUAGUGUUUACACUUGCCAAAACUCGAGUUGUCCUCAGAGUGAUGUGAGCUUUGGAUUCGUGGACAAGAAUUCGAGGACGGGCCAUGAGAUCCAGUGUCUCUACGGGUCUUCGGCCCAAGAACCGAGCCAGAGCAUGGUAGAAACAAUCUCUGUGCUUGAAACGGCUCCAAGUAUUGCCACUAAUUCGACUAGUGAAGAUGAUUACAGUGUGAGCUCGAGCGCAACGGACAAGCGAGAUGAUGAUGAUCAUAGGAAUUGGAUGGAUUACUUAUGAUUCGAGAGGAUGCAACACGAGUUAAAUUUCUCUAGGAGAUUCGAAGAUGAUGAUGAUACUGCCAUGGAUUUGAAUCAAUUCCCGGAAUCUAGUCAAUCUGACAAUGUGAACCAGAGUAAUUUUUCAGUUUGGGAUAUGGCUUGUGAAGAUAAAGACAUAUAUAUGUACGAUUAUUAA